AUGGCGUCCCCGAAUUCCAUCCCAGCAUACAACGAGCUGUACCGACAGCCAGCCCGACCGAUGUCCCGAUCCACGGUUUCACGCUCGGGUUCCAGACGGGUAUCUCCAUCAACACAGGCUCUGCCCAAACAUUACUCUGGGGACAGCUCCGACGAAGAGGUCCCAGAACCUAAAUUCAGCGCUUCUGUAAAAGCAUUGCUGCAUGGAGAUGGAUUAGGGUCUUCGCCUCAUCUGCAAAAGGCACAUAUGUCGCACGAACCUCGAAUUGAAACAUCAAGACAGCAAAGCCGCUCACCCCGGAAUUCGUCCCCACACGACUCAUCUAAUGGUAGCCCGGCUCCAAGAGUCGUUCGUAUAGGGGCUAUCUCGUCGAGUUCUCGGUUCUCACGCGAAAGCUCCCCACUAUCAAAUAGCCAGAGCGCAGAACCAGAGCACCACAGCCGCCCCAAUAAUGAUUUUAUCACUCCCGCCCCACGCCAACGCAGUGUUCGUAUCAAUGUUUCGCGCAGCAACACACGAUCCCCUGCCUCUGUCUCUCCUUCAGGAAAGCGCUCGUCGGAACGCAAUUCGGGUGAAGAGUAUGGUAGUGCAGAGCGCUCGGACAGUGAUCGGAAAUCGCAAUACGAUGACGAUCCAGCGUUGCGAUAUGGCCUUUCUUCCGGAUUGCGGGGCCGCGGCGGCGAAGAAAUCGCUCCGCACAGCUCACUGCGUGUCAAGCGGGUUGGUCGACUUGCUGGAACUUUCUUGAACGGUCCUGCUCGGAGGGGCGUGCUACGACGUCAGAGCGAGGAAAGCAACGAGGAAAACCACCAAUACCUCUCGGCUGACGGUGUCCGGGAGGACGUCGAAGGAGAAGAGGAGAAUGCCGAAUACCGACCUCGCAAUCCAGCAAAACCUUCAUCCCCCAAGGUGUCAUGGGUCGACCCAAGCCCUCCUCUCGUUCGUGAAUCCAAUCGAGAAUAUCCCCUCCGCCCUGCUGAGGUUGAAGGUCCGUUUUCGAGGUCAUCUUCGCCAAAAUCAUACGGCUCAAAGUCAACCCCCGCUUCAUCAGAAAUGUCUUCCAAAUCCUCGAUUGCGAAGGAUCAACCUGUAUUCAAGGUUCCUUCAAUACCGGCUUUGCCAUCGGUCCGUGACCAAGAGAAUGAACCACCACCAACUUUCCGACGGACAAAGCCCCAGGGGUUGAAUGUGUUGGAUAAACCUGAAAAAUAUAAUGUUGUUUACGAUACCGAGAAGAAAGAUGUAGCGGAGACCCCAGCAACCAACUCUGCACGAAAGAUACUUGCCACGAGGAGCAACAACACCCCUCAUAGGGCCGCUCCUCCUCCUCCGAAAAUGUCAGUCCUGGAGACUGCUACUUCCACGGGAGGCGCAUCGACAUCACAAUCACGAAAAAAGAAGAGUCAGGUCGCGAUUAAUGGCAAGCAUUUCACUCGACUCGAUUGCAUUGGUCGAGGUGGCAGCUCGCGUGUCUAUCGAGUGAUGGCAGAGAAUUACAAGAUCUUCGCUCUCAAGCGUGUCAACCUUGAAGAUGUCGAUCCAGUGACUCUGACUGGAUACAAGGGUGAAAUCGACUUGUUGAAAAAGUUGGAGAAUGUGGACCGUGUGGUGCGCUUGUUUGACUGGGAGCUGAACAAUGACAAACAUGCUCUUAGUGUGCUUAUGGAGAUUGGAGAGUCUGAUCUUGAAAAGAUUCUCACAUACCGUUUGAACGCCGAAGAUGCUGUUUUUGAUAUCAACUUUACCCGAUUUUAUUGGAAGGAGAUGCUCGAGUGUGUCCAAGCUGUCCACGAGUACAACAUCGUCCACUCAGAUUUGAAGCCGGCCAACUUCCUCAUGGUUCAAGGCCGGCUGAAGCUCAUCGACUUUGGAAUUGCAAAUGCGAUCCAAGAUAACACGGUCAACGUUCACCGUGAACAGCAAGUCGGCACACCCAAUUACAUGUCCCCCGAAGCAUUAGUUGAUUCCAACGUGUCCCUCGGUCUACCCGCAAGUGUUGGAAAAGUUAUGAAAUUAGGAAAACCCAGCGAUGUCUGGAGUUUGGGUUGUAUUCUGUACAAGAUGGUCUAUGGACAACCACCAUUCGCCAAGAUCGCCAAAUAUUAUGAACGCAUCAUGGCUAUCCCCAACCCCCGUGUACAAAUCGAUUUCCCGGCCUUCGGCGUCGGUGGCGUUCCAGUGCCCCCUGGCCUUGUGAGGACUCUCAAGCGCUGUUUGCAGCGUGACCAGACUCUCCGACUAACUAUUGAGGAAAUGCUUGGUCCACGCGAUCCAUUCUUGCACCCCGAUGCCCAACUCGAGGGUGCUGUUCCAGUCACCCAGGAUAUGCUUGGCCGUAUUCUGGUCAACGUCGUCAACCACUGCAAGGCCCGCGGUGUACCCAGAGAAGAGGAGCUGGCUGCAUGGCCCGCAGGCUUCUUUGCAAAAAUAAAAGCAGCCCUCGAAGAAGAAAAUGCAUGA